AUGGAGCGCGCACGCCGGCACGCCAGCCGCGCGCUGCUGCGGCGCCUGCUCGCGGCGGCCGCGGCCUCGCCCACCACGUCGUCGUCCCGCGGCAUCUCCACCCUGUCGCCGGCGGCGCCCGCGGGGAGGCAGCAGCAGCAGAACCAGCAGCGCCGCGCUCCCCGGCCUCCUCCCCACCAGCACGCGCAGGGGCGGCCGGUGUCGGUGUCGGCGCUGCAGCCGAGCGACACGUUCCCGCGGCGGCACAACUCGGCCACACCCGCCGAGCAGGCGGCCAUGGCUUCCGUCUGCGGGUUCCCCGGCGGCGUCGACGCGCUGAUUGACGCCACGGUGCCGGCCGCCAUCCGCGCCCCGCCGAUGCGGUUCUCCGGGAGGUUCGACGCCGGGUUCACCGAGUCGCAGAUGCUGGACCACAUGCAGCGGCUGGCGUCCAUGAACAAGGCGUUCAAGUCCUUCAUCGGGAUGGGGUACUACGGCACGCACGUCCCCGGUGUGGUGCUGCGCAACCUCAUGGAGAACCCGGCCUGGUACACCCAGUACACCCCGUACCAGGCGGAGAUCGCGCAGGGCCGCCUCGAGUCGCUGCUCAACUACCAGACCAUGACCAUCGACGUGUGCCGGACGCGCGCCGACGGCUUCGACAUCCGCGUCGUCGUCGCCGACGCCAAGGACUUCGACUACGGCGGCGGCGACGUCUGCGGCGUGCUCGUGCAGUACCCGGGCACCGAGGGCGAGGUGCUCGACUACGCCCAGUUCGUCAAGGACGCGCACGCCCACGGCGUCAAGGUCGUCAUGGCCACCGACCUGCUCGCGCUCACCACGCUGCGCCCGCCAGGCGAGAUCGGCGCAGACAUCGCCGUCGGCUCCACGCAGCGCUUCGGCGUGCCCAUGGGCUACGGCGGCCCGCACGCCGCGUUCCUCGCCACGUCGCAGGAGUACAAGCGACUCAUGCCCGGCCGUAUCAUCGAGUGA